AUGAGGUUGAAGGCCCAGCCACUGAUGGCCAAGACAGCCAGCAACUCCGGGCAGCUGUUUGUUAACCCUGGUGGCAGCAACAUCUUGGAUGAUGACAAAAUAAGCCAGACUUAUGUUGUGGAAGUGACCGAGGGCAACACGACCACAAUUGAAGGGAGAAUUAUAGAGGAUCCUGAGGUGCCAACUCCUCCUAACCCCUCGGGCCAGUGUCCCAUCUGUCGCUGGAACCUGAAGCAUAAGUACAAUUAUGUGGAUGUCUUGCUGUUGAGUCAGUUCAUCCGCUCCGAUGGAGGAAUGCUGCCACGGAGGGUCACAGGCCUCUGUCUGGAGGAGCACAAGAAGAUUGCAGUCUGCGUGCAGAUGGCUCACCGAGCAGGUUUGUUGCCAAACCACAGGCCUCGGCUUCCUGAAGGACAUGUUCCCAAGAAACCCAAGCUCAACAGGUACCUGACCCGCUGGUCCGUCAGAUCUGCAAAGCCCAUCUGGAAGAGGGGCCCUAAAUGGUGCAAAAUUCCCAUGAUGGUCGGACACCCUAUACUCAAGGAUAAUGUCAAAUACACACAGAAGCCUGUCUUUUUAUACCACUAGGCCCAGUGGAACUGGCAUAGACGGUGAGCACAGCUGUUUUAAACUAGUCCGCCCUUUUUGCAGGUUUGUCAGUACCCACAGUUUUCUUGUUUCAAAACUCCCAUUAAUAUCCUGUAUGAUCCCCAGUGCAUGAGCAGUGAUCUGCUCGUUUGG